AUGCCCAUGCCCAGGCGCUCAAAUAAAAUACCUGCCCGGCCAGUCACGUUUCCUUUGAUGAGGUUGCCACUGGAGAUUCGUGAAAACAUAUACGGGUUUCUUCUCGAGCCAUUAUCAGGUAGCUGUUAUGAAGAUUUACCGGAAAUGGCGGGGGAGAACGGCAUCCGGUUUCAAAUAUCCGAGGCAGUCUUCAGCUGCUUCUGUCAUGAGCAAGAUUUCACGCACUCGACGAACCAGCCAAAUGGGCAUAUUCCUGACGGGAUGGAAGACCUUUUUGAACUGUAUAAAGCCAUCCGAGAAGGGACUGCCAAUGAUGCCGAAAUUCAGCGGGGAGAGGAACUUUGUUUGACGGAGCGUUUUGAGACUGACUUCGAAUUGGACCUAGAAGAAGUGGAAUCCGGCAGUACCAGUGGAGAUGACGACCAUGAUUCCGACAGCGAAGUGGAUGUAGGGUAUUUUGACGACAUCGUAAACUGCGAGAACAAACUUCCUCGACAUACCAGGGGAAUUCGUGGCGAAUGCCGUCCUGUAUAUGAACUGCAAGUUUACAGGGGACAGAAGACAGAUUCAUACCCAAGAUACUCUAGUCCUUCUCAAAAGACAACUCCUCACCACAAAUACAUAUGCUGGGAAUUUCGAAUCUUAGACCUUUUAUUCCUCCGUCGUCUAUUCCACGUUAGCCAUAAAUUCACCCGGGAAAUAGCGCGAUGCUUGUGGAAAAAUGCCAUCCUCAAUUUCGAAGAUCCCGAAUGUUUCUUCUCCUUCAUCGCAGAUCGAUAUGCCAUUUUAGGUUUUAUCAAAUGCAUUGAACUGCACCUACAAUUCUACGACGAUUGGUUUGACACCUCGUCGGAAACGGUGGUUGCCAUAUGUCAGUUUGUUUCUGAGUUUAUGCAUUUGCGAUAUAUCAAGAUCAAUUUCGGCACGGAAAGGUCGUGUCUGGAAAAAGUCAUUGCAGGAGAAAGAUUGGAGAGAUGGAAGACCGCUUUCAACGAACUAAAAGUCACUCAGGGGUUUGAACUUUCUGUGUACAAUUGCCCGGUCACCGUGCCACAUAAAAAAAUGGGCACAGCUCUGUGCAGCAGCGGUGACCUGGGAAAGAAACUAGAAGAUUUGUGGCGUCCCGCUGUUCUUGCGAAGCAAGAGUAG